AGGUGGCCAUUUGAGCCCAAGCGGAGUCUUUAGGAAGAGCUGCACGGUGUCCGCGUGCGUGCGCACACGGCCUUCCAAAUUUUACAUUCACGAUGCAGUGUGAUUGGAAUUCAGCCGACAGUUACAGCUCACUCGCCAUCGUCUCCGCACUCAUUUUCGGAUCCACCGUGACAGUCUGGUUCGAGGUGAGCCCAGAAGACCGCGAGAGCUUCCUCGAGCAGGAGGCGUUCCGCUGGGCUUUCUGCCUGCAGAUCGUCGUGAGUAUUGCCUGCUCGGGCAUUGGUACGACAAUCAUGGUGAACCAGUACUACCACAUUCGCCGCUUGCAGACAUACAUCCUGUCCGACGACAGAGACAGUAUCAUAAUGGAGUAUUUCAUUCUGCCCCAAAAGAAGACGCGCGAGAUGGCGAGGCAGGCAGUCUUCGUGUCCUGCUAUACCUUCUUCGGUGCGAUGGCGACGUACAUUUAUGCUCAUGUUCAGGGUGAUGCUCUGAGGUAUACCGUUACGACAGUCUUGGCCACAACGGUGCUUGUGAUCUUGUCCUCAAAAUGGCGAGCUGAUGCAGCUGCCCAGGCAGCAUUUCAUGAGGCUCUGAGCCACGGUGACCAUCGAUGGAGUGUCUCCGAAGCUGCACCGCGCCUUGCAGCAUUAAUGGCAAAAGCACUCGAUGGAGCGCUGUCAGAUGGCAGUGAGUCACAAGUGUAACGUGAUGUUGGAUUUUCCUAGAGGCUUCCGCCAUUCCGCUGGCUUUCAGAAGGGGGGGUGAGUGAGUCCAGCGUGUUGUCAUUGCCUUCUUCUUUUGCGACUGCGCCAGAUGACCCGCCCUGGAUGCCUCUCCUGCCUCUUGCUUCGUGGGCCAGAGCUGCACGGUCAUAGUUGCUGCAGCAAGCAGAGUCAGUGUAGUGAACGUUCGCGCAUAGUUGGAGUUAAGUGCGAAGAGUGAGUGAGUGCGAAAGCGAGCGAGUGAGUGAGGUAGUCAUCUCUUCGCCACUGGCUGCGCCGGUGGACUCCACCUGCACGCCCCCGCGCCCCGGCAUGUUUUCUGCACGCGACUUGCCCCGCGCAGUCCGUCCACUUGCAAAGCCAGGUAGAAUUGAACUAAGCGUUUCCCGCCUUCGUACUCGCGACGGUGCCGCCGCCGAUGUCCUUCCCAGUCCCGUUUCCUUCCUCUCCCCCGCCGCUGGCUCACACCCUUGGGCGAUCCCCGAGGAUCUCGCUGCCCGGCUGCACCCUAAUUCGCGAACAGCAAUGGUGCAGGCUGUCAUCCUCUCGGAGCCUUUUCCACUUGCACCUUCCACCUCCCAUCGAUCAAACCCUCCCCACCCUAACGUUUCCCCCCCGCCAUCUGUCCCCCGAGCCGCUGCGUCCCAGACGGGGGCCCGCCCACAAGCGGCCCGGGCCCCGCAGCGCGCCGGGAGCGCACCGCCGUUUUGUUCAGCGCCGAGGAUGGAGGCCGCCAGAUGCUCUGGAGUCGCUCUGGAGCUAUCAGGACGUAUCCUGAGCAAGGCGCGCUGUGACAUCAUUGCCGUCCCACCCGGGGAAGAAAACAUAGCAGCA